AUGAAUUGCGAAAACUCACAAAUGCACCAAAUCGGCAGUAAAAUGCACUUUAUAUUCAUUUUUGCACUGAUGAUAGUAUCUUUCAAUAAGGCUGUGCUGGGCAAGAAUCUGAAAUACAGGAUUUAUGAGGAGCAGAGAGUUGGAUCAGUAAUUGCAAGACUAUCGGAGGAUGUAGCUGAUGUUUUAUUCAAGAUGCCUAACCCUUCCUCGGUUCGCUUUCGAGCCAUGCAGAGAGGGAAUUCUCCCUUGCUUGUAGUCCGCGAGGAUAACGGAGAGAUCAGCAUAGGAGCUAAAAUUGACCGGGAACAGCUCUGCCAGAAAAACUUAAACUGCUCCAUAGAGUUUGAUGUGAUCACUCUGCCCACGGAACAUCUGCAGCUUUUCCACGUUGAAGUUGAAGUGCUGGAUAUUAAUGACAACUCCCCACAGUUUUCCAGAGCGCUCAUCCCUAUUGAGAUCUCAGAGAGCGCGGCUGUAGGAACCCGGAUCCCUUUGGACAGUGCUUUUGAUCCUGAUGUAGGGGACAAUUCCCUUCACACCUAUUCCCUUUCUGCAAAUGAUUUUUUCAGUAUUGAAGUGAGGACGAGGACGGAUGGGGCCAAGUAUGCAGAGCUCAUUGUGGUCAGAGAACUGGACCGGGAGUUGAAAUCAAGUUAUGAGCUCCAGCUCACUGCCUCGGAUAAAGGGGUGCCUCAGAGGUCGGGCUCCUCCAUCCUCAAAAUAAGCAUCUCUGAUUCCAAUGACAACAGCCCUGCUUUUGAGCAGCAGUCAUAUAUAAUUCAACUCUUGGAAAACUCACCGGUUGGGACUUUGCUCAUAGACCUCAAUGCUACUGAUCCAGAUGAGGGCGCUAAUGGUAAAGUCGUGUACUCUUUUAGCAGUCAUGUGUCUGCCAAAAUUACAGAGACUUUUAAAAUUGACCCAGAAAAAGGACAUCUGACCCUCCUGAAGCAAGUGGACUAUGAAACAACCAAAUCCUAUGAAAUCGAUGUUCAGGCUCAAGACUUGGGGCCAAAUUCUAUUCCAGCUCACUGCAAGAUUAUAAUUAAAAUUGUGGACGUGAAUGACAACAGACCUGAGAUUAACUUAAACUUGAUGUCCCCAGAGAAAGAAGAGAUCGCUUACAUUUCGGAGGGGUCACCCCUGGACACGUUUGUGGCCCUAGUCAGAGUGCAAGACAAGGACGCUGGAGUGAAUGGAGAGGUAGUUUGCAAGCUCCAUGGGCAUGGCCACUUUAAACUCCAAAAGACUUACGAAAAUAAUUAUUUAAUCCUGACUAAUGCCACUCUAGAUAGAGAAAAGAGAUCUGAAUACAGCUUGACUGUAAUAGCAGAGGACAAGGGAACGCCAAGUCUCUCCACAGUAAAACACUUUACUGUCCAAAUCAGUGAUGAAAAUGACAACCCACCCCGCUUCCAGACAAACAGAUACGAAGUUGUUAUCUUAGAAAAUAACUCUCCGGGAGCGUACAUCACGUCSGUCACAGCCACAGACCCAGAUCUAGGGGACAACGGGCAGGUGACCUACACUAUUUUGGAGAGCUAUAUUUUGGGAAGCUCUAUAACCACCUACGUGACCAUCGACCCCUCCAAUGGGGCCAUCUAUGCCCUGAGAACCUUUGACCAUGAAGAGGUCAAUCAAAUUGCCUUCAUGGUUCAAGCCAGGGACGGAGGGAGUCAGCAGCUCGUUAGCAAUACCACCGUCGUGCUCACCGUCAUCGACGAGAACGACAACGCUCCCGUCAUCGUGGGCCCAGCGCUACGCAACAGCACCGCAGAGAUCUCCAUCCCCAAAGACGCUGGAAUUGGCUUUCUUGUCACCAGGGUAAGGGCUACGGAUAGAGACUCUGGUAUGAACUCAGAACUCAGCUGCUCCCUAGCAGCCGAUGGUGAGAACAACAUCUUCGUGAUGGAUCCCAAAACUUGUGACAUCUCUAUCAAUGUCAGUGUAGAGUCAGUUCCAGCAAAACAGUGGGAGUUUUUUGUGAUAGUCCAGGAUAAAGGCAGUCCUCAGCUUAGUACUAAAGCGCUUCUGAAGUGUACGGUUUUUGAGUAUGUUUAUUCAUUUUCAAGCACAGAAGCAACUUUGAUAAGCCAGCCCUCCCUGGAUGUCUCUAUGAUAACAAUUAUAUCCUUAGGAUCAAUCUGUGUCGUGUUGUUGGUCAUUAUGGUUAUCUUUGCUACAAGAUGUAAUCGAGAGAAGAAAGACACCAGGUCCUACAACUGUCGCGUGGCAGAAUCCACCUACCAGCACCACCCCAAACGACCCUCCAGGCAGAUCCACAAAGGGGACAUCACGUUGGUGCCCACCAUCAAUGGCACUUUGCCCAUCAGAUCUCACCACAGAGCUUCCCCGUCAUCCUCUCCGACGCUGGAAAGGGGACAAAUGAGUAGCCGGCAGAGCCACCACAGCCACCAAUCGCUCAACAGCCUGGUGACAAUCUCCUCCAACCACGUGCCUGAGAACUUCUCRCUGGAGCUUACACACGCCACUCCGGCCGUGGAGCAGGUUUCUCAGCUUCUCUCGAUGCUUCACCAGGGCCAGUAUCAGCCAAGACCAAGUUUUCGAGGAAACAAAUAUUCCAGAAGCUACAGAUAUGCCCUGCAAGACAUGGAUAAGUUCAGCUUGAAAGACAGCGGCCGGGGUGACAGUGAAGCUGGAGACAGUGAUUAUGAUUUGGGUAGAGAGUCUCCAAUUGACAGACUUCUUGGGGAAGGAUUCAGUGACCUUUUCCUUACAGAUGGGAGAAUUCCUGCAGCAAUGCGGUUGUGCACCGAGGAGUGCAGAGUCCUGGGGCACUCGGAUCAGUGCUGGAUGCCGCCGCUGCCCUCACCCUCCUCUGACUACCGACGCAACAUGUUCAUUCCAGGGGAGGAAUUUCAGUCACCGCAGCAGCAGCAGCUGCCRCAGCAGCAGCAGCAGGGCCUCGAGGAGGAUGCGCAGCCCUCUGACGCCGGAGAGAAGAAGAAGAGUUUCUCAACAUUUGGUAAAGACUGUCAGAGCGAGGAGGAGUCGGGGGACACCUGCACCUCCUCCCUGCUCUCCGAAAUGAGCAGCGUCUUCCAGCGCCUGCUGCCUCCCUCGCUGGAUGCCUACACGGAGUGCAGCGAGGGCGAUCGCUCYGGCUCGCUGGAGCGCAGGAAGGGACAUUUGCCAGCCAAGACUGUGAAUUACCCGCAGGGGGUGGCCGCAUGGGCAGCCAGCACGCAUUUCCAAAACCCCGCCAGCAGCAGCGGGCCCGCGCUGGGGACGCACUCGGGCGCGCAGCCUUCCUCCAAGUGGCUGCCCGCCAUGGAGGAGAUCCCGGAGAACUACGAGGAAGACGAUUUUGACAACGUGCUCAACCACCUCAGUGAUGGUAAACACGAACUCAUGGAUGCCAGCGAGCUGGUGGCAGAAAUAAAUAAGCUGCUGCAGGACGUCCGGCAGAACUAGCCGUCUCAGAAACCUAUUUUCCAUAUUUAUGGAAAACUGGAAGGGGGGAAAAGAAAUCAAAAAACAGACUGAAAAGAACUGGCAUUGCCAAUUAGUUGCAUUUAUCAUAAAUGUGUCUGUGUAUGUUGAAUAUUAAAAUACUGUAUUUUCAUAUGUACACAAUGCAAGUGUGAUUAUCUUUAUCUGUAUUUUAAAAAUACAUU